AUGGCCAGCACCGCCAACAACCGCAUUUUUCUCCCGGGCUUCGGCCGCGCGCUGAACGACUACCCGUACGACCUCACCCAGGGGCCCAAGGGCCCGCGACUGCGCUUCCCGCACGCGAUUGAAGAUGAGUAUCCCGCUCAGGGCGUGUCCGUGCGCGAGCGCCGCAUGAUGGAGUUCGUCAACCAGAUUACCGACAAGCCGGAGUGGACGAGGAAGGUUUUUGAUGAGGAGAUUGUGGCGAAGUGGCGCGCUGAGGCUGUUGGCUACCGUGGGGAAUUGAAUGAGGAUGAUGAAUUGGAUGAGGAGGGUGAGGAUGAGAAGUAUCUCACAGAGCCUACGUUUUCUUAUUGCAUCCAGGAGCUGCGCGACAAGGCAGAGUACUACAAAACCGCGAAGCUUGUCUCGGUCUGGGACUGCGAGCUGGCGGUGGUUAAAUCCGACGAGGCCGUAGCAGACUAUCUGCAGCAGGCUCUGCGACAGGCCGUGCGCGUGCUGGAGGACGUCCCAGACCACCAGAAGGACUGGCACCCGGGGUCAGACGGCAAAGUGCUCGAUCUGCUGCAUCCAUCGCUGUUCCCGCUGAUCUACGGCGUGUCCCGCGCGCUGCCUUGUGGUAGUGUACCCCUUGACCGCUGCACGUGGUUCAGCUGUGCCGGCGAGGUGGUCAGUUCGAGCUUCGACGAGAACGCACGGUAUACACAGGUAUCCAGGCAGCGGCACAGUUCGCUUAAAGAAUGGGGCAGUUUCCAGUGGCUGCCGGCCGAGGUGCGGUUUGACGCGGACAACGGACGCGCAAAUAUCACCAGCUACGUCAACAACCUGCACCCACAGAAACACCAGGCGCUGUACCCCAUCCUCGAGCAGUUCGUUGACGCGGUCGUCCCGCUAUGGGACGAAUGUCUGUCGUGGUUCCGGCCGCGCCUGCGCCUAGAGGAUAUCGCAGGCAACGAAGAAGAGGACUACGAUGUCCCCGCCGACAUCACAUACACGCCUGAUGAAGAUGAAGCCGAGGGCGCAGAGAUCCGGCCCUACACGUUCGCCGAGGUCCGGGGCGGGGAUUACGACUUCAAGUAUUCCGACAGCUUCCAGGAAUGGUUUGAAGAGAACCGUUUCCUCAAGCAAACUGCCGUGCACGAGUUCCGGACUCGCCAGGAACACAUCGCGCACCCCGACCACCGCCCCGUGCAUCUGAAGCGCGAUUUCGCAGCUGCUGGACUGCAGGUUAUCUUCAAGCUAGCUAAUAUCCACCUCACGCCCGAGAAGCCCGAGUUCGAGGGCGGGUCGUGGCACGUCGAGGGCGCACUGAAUGAGCAUAUCUGUGCCGCGGCGCUGUACUACUACGACGAGGAGAAUAUCACGGCGAGCCAUCUGGCUUUCCGGCAGGGGAUGGGCGAUGAUGUCAAGUCAAUCCCCGCACAGAACGAGCACUCCUCCACCGAAGAAUUCUACGGCGUCGAACAAAACGGCCCCGCCAUCCAACAUCUAGGAAGCGUCCUAACACGCCCGGGCCGACUCCUAGCCUUCCCCAACGUCCUCCAGCACCAGGUACAACCAUUCAAACUUGCAGACACCACCAAACCAGGCCACCGCAAGAUCCUGGCCCUCUUCCUGGUCGAUCCGCACAUCCGCAUCCUCUCAACGGCUAAUGUCGCCCCGCAACGCGUGGACUGGUGGGCGGAGCAGGUUCGUGCUUUGGCCCCGUUCAAUGCGCUCCCGGUUGAGAUCUUCAGCAUGAUUGUUGAUCUGGUAGGGGGGCAGGGACAGGGGGUGCCGAUUAGUUGGGAAGAGGCGGUGGCGACGCGCCAGGCGUUGAUGGAUCAGCGGGGGGCGUUGGUGGAGUAUGUUAAUGAUGAUAUGGAAGAGAAUACGUUUUGUUUCUGCGAGCAUUAG